GGCAGCAGCGGCGCCAUGGCGGCCAAGCGCAAAGCCGAGGCGCUGAUCCCGGCCGAGGAGAGCGACCAGCUGCUGAUCCGGCCCCUAGGUGCUGGUCAAGAAGUAGGAAGGUCAUGCAUCAUUCUGGAGUUUAAAGGAAGAAAAAUCAUGCUUGAUUGUGGAAUCCAUCCUGGGCUGGAAGGAAUGGAUGCUCUUCCUUACAUUGAUUUGAUCGAUCCAGCUGAGAUUGAUCUCCUCCUUAUUAGUCAUUUCCAUUUAGAUCACUGUGGGGCUUUGCCAUGGUUUUUACAGAAAACAAGUUUUAAGGGACGGACAUUUAUGACUCAUGCCACAAAAGCUAUUUACAGAUGGCUUCUUUCAGACUAUGUUAAAGUCAGUAACAUUUCAGCGGAUGACAUGCUAUACACAGAAACAGACCUCGAAGAAAGCAUGGACAAGAUUGAGACCAUCAACUUCCAUGAAGUGAAAGAGGUGGCAGGAAUCAAAUUCUGGUGCUACCACGCAGGCCACGUUCUGGGAGCAGCCAUGUUUAUGAUUGAAAUAGCUGGCGUGAAGCUGUUAUAUACAGGUGAUUUCUCAAGGCAGGAAGACAGACACCUGAUGGCAGCUGAGAUUCCCAAUAUCAAACCCGAUAUUCUUAUAAUUGAAUCCACGUAUGGCACUCACAUUCACGAGAAGAGGGAAGAGCGGGAGGCGAGAUUCUGCAACACCGUUCACGACAUCGUGAACAGGGGGGGCCGAGGCCUCAUCCCUGUGUUUGCCCUGGGUCGGGCUCAAGAACUGCUCCUAAUCUUAGAUGAGUACUGGCAGAAUCAUCCUGAACUCCAUGAUAUCCCCAUAUACUAUGCCUCCUCUUUGGCAAAGAAAUGUAUGGCAGUUUAUCAGACAUACGUCAAUGCCAUGAAUGACAAAAUCCGCAAGCAAAUUAACAUCAACAAUCCUUUUGUUUUCAAGCAUAUUAGUAAUCUGAAGAGUAUGGAUCACUUUGAUGACAUUGGCCCAAGUGUUGUCAUGGCUUCCCCAGGGAUGAUGCAGAGUGGCUUAUCCAGGGAGUUGUUUGAGAGCUGGUGCACAGAUAAGAGAAAUGGAGUCAUUAUUGCAGGGUACUGCGUUGAAGGAACUCUUGCUAAGCACAUCAUGUCUGAACCUGAAGAGAUCACAACUAUGUCAGGGCAAAAACUCCCACUGAAGAUGUCUGUGGAUUAUAUUUCUUUCUCUGCUCACACAGAUUAUCAACAAACAAGUGAAUUUAUCCGGGCUCUGAAACCUCCACAUGUGAUUUUAGUUCAUGGUGAGCAGAACGAAAUGGCCAGAUUGAAAGCAGCAUUGAUACGGGAGUAUGAGGAUAAUGAUGAAGUUCAUAUAGAAGUUCAUAAUCCUAGGAAUACUGAAGCUGUGACAUUAAACUUCAGAGGAGAAAAGCUUGCCAAGGUGAUGGGAUCUUUAGCAGAUAAGAAACCAGAGCAAGGACAGAGGAUUUCUGGAAUCCUAGUUAAAAGAAAUUUUAACUAUCACAUCCUUUCUCCAUGUGACCUCUCCAAUUACACGGACUUGGCGAUGAGCACAGUGACACAGACACAAGCCAUUCCCUACACAGGCCCUUUCAAUCUGCUUUGUUACCAGCUGCAGAAACUCACCGGUGAUGUAGAAGAAAUAGAAAUCCAACAAAAACCAGCCCUGAAGGUUUUCAAAAAUAUUACUGUGAUCCAGGAACCAGGCAUGGUAGUCCUUGAGUGGGUGGCAAAUCCUGCUAAUGAUAUGUAUGCAGACACUGUGACAACAGUGAUACUGGAAGUUCAGUCAAAUCCCAAAAUACAGAAAGCUGCAGUAAGUAAGAUUUCAAAAAAAAUAGAUAUGGAUGUGUAUAGGAAGAGAAUGGAGAUCAUGCUUCAGGAUAUGUUUGGAGAGGACUGUGUGAGUUCCAAAGAUGACUCUGUCCUGUGCAUCACAGUGGAUGGAAAGACUGCCAACCUUUCCCUGGACACUCGGACAGUUGACUGUGAGCCAGGAAGUGAAGAUGAUGAAUCCCUUCGUGAAAUGGUGGAACUAGCAGCACAGAGGCUUUAUGAUGCCCUCAGCCCUGUAUACUGACCUCUGUAGAUACCUAGGAUGUCUAAAAAAAAAAUCUUUUAAAUUUAAAUUUAUUUGGGCUAUUUUUUAUGAGUAAAUAAAUUUUUUUUCCUGAGGAAGUCAAAGGUUUCAGUUCUGUAAAUGUGAAAGUGCUGAGUUAUUUCACAUGGUGGAUCAGCAACCUCAUAACAACUGUAUGUGUGUAUAUAGAUGCAAUUAACUCAAGCAAAGUGUGCAUAUGUUCUCCUAUGUGCACACGUAAGAAAUAAUUCUUAACCUGAUACAGCAUUACAAAGAUUAAAUGGAGUUUUUUGAAUGUUAAAACCAGUUGGAGGAUAAAUUGGAUAUAUUAAGUUUGCAUAUAUAAUUUUGUUCCUGUUGAGGAAGUGAUUGUCUGCACACUUUUAUCUACUUGAAGUCAAAAGGGUCUUGAACACAAGUGAAAAUGGAAUCUAUUUGCAUGGUGGGGUUGGUUGGAGCUUUAAAACUCUGCAGGCUGGCAUACCAUUAACUGGACUAGAGGAACACCACCACCUGCAAGAGAAGUGGGUGCUUAUGACCUGUGACAGCCUCAUCUGCCCCAAGCUGGUGAACACCUGGCCUAGGAAAAGGGACACGGACUAUCAGACACUGCAGGACACACAGCAGAAUUCCAAAUACAGUGUGAUUGAUGCUCUGAGGUAGCUGCGGUUGUUGCCAAACACUGUCAUGCUGAAAAAUGCCCACAAAACCUGAAUUUUCCAGAAAAGAACUGUAUUGUGCACACUUCAUCCGUCCUUUUGUCACCUGAUUAAAUUGGCACCUGAUGAUCUUCA